GAGUGAUCUUCACCUGCAUUCACAGACAACAGCGAAACAUCUCCAGCUACUGGUCCUCUUCGUCAUGAGCCAGAAAGAAAAUAUGGCAUCUGUCUGUCCCACUCUGUUCCUGAUCUUCAUAUUUGGGUGGGCAGCUGUACCAGUGAUGUCUGAGAUCAACAAGUCAUCCAAUAAAGACCAAUAUCACAAAUUCCUCAAGCAGCAUGUCAUUAAGAACAUGAAAACAAAUGGAUGUGACAAUGCAAUGAAGAUCUUUGACAGGACUCCCUGUAAACCAAUUAAUUCAUUCAUUGUGUCUGAAGAUAUUAAUGUAAUAAAAGAUGUUUGUACAACGGCUGGUUCUACAUGCAGUUCAGAGCUACACAUUAGCAAUAACUCUUUUCAUGUGAUCACUUGUAUCCACCAGGGAAGGUCAAACAGUUCACCUUGUACAUACAAGGGACAAGAGAGCACCAAAAAAAUUAUCAUUACUUGUAAGGGUGAGCUACCUGUGCAUUACGCAGGAGGCGUAGCCCCCCACACAUCUGCUGAAGAAUCAGUUUAGGCCCAAAGUAAUUGGGACCAAGAUGAGAUUAUUAUAGCUUGUGCAUUUUCUGAGAGCUUAUUUGGAUGUAUAAUCAUGUUUUCCAAUAUCCAAUUCAUAUGUAUUUCUCUGAUGCUUCUGUAAAAUCUGUUGCUGAUUAAAGAUUCUGUAUUAGCA